AAAUGCCUUCAGGUUGGGAAGAAUGAGCUGCUCCUUGGCUGAACCUAAAAGUAGAGGUGGUUUGGGUGAUGCUGUGAAACGGUGAUACUCCUAAACCCACUUAUUGCCGUGCUCCUGGAGCAGAUCCCUUGGGGCACCUGGGGUGCUGGUCAAGGUCAUGCCAUGGGCUUUUGGAUGCAUCUCACGGCUUGGGGGUUUCUCCACACAGUUUCUCAGGACCUCAACCAUGUCUGUGAGCACCCAGCCUAGGAACACCUCUCCUGAGACUCGGCAGUUCCCUGGAAACUGCUCUUUGGAUCAGGCCCUGAAAACCAUCGUGGAUGUCUACCACCGCUACAGCAUCCGGGAGGGCAAGCUCGACCUCCUCAACUUCAAUGACUUCAAGACGCUGAUGACUGAGCAGACACCGACCUUCCUGCAAGCUUGUAACAGGAACCGUUCUGACUACCUGAAUAAGCUCUUCCAAGAGACUGACAUAAACAAGGACAAGGACCUGAGCUUCGAGGAGUUCACCAUCGUCUUGGCCAAGGUGACCGAUGAUGCCCACCGCAUCAUCCACAAGGAUGACCGCUGCACACCAGACAAGGAUUGA